GCUUCACUCAGACAAAGAAUAAAUUGUUACUUUCCGUGACUCGAUUAUUCAACUUAUUGGUGCAUAUAAAUCAGUUAGAAAUUUUUUGAUCAGGAAACUCGACAUCUGGCGCAGACAUGAAAGGUUGUACGCUGAUUUUUUGCUUUCUGCUAUUUUUGGUGGCUGUUGAUGCCCGUGAAUAUAAAAAACGUGGUAAAAAGGGAAUGAAACAAAGAAUAAAAAUUUGUGGCAGCGAUGGGAAUACCUAUGAGAGCAUGUGUCAACUAUUUGAAGAGAAAUGUACCAACGCUGGUAAACUAUACAAGGCUUACAAUGGAGAUUGUAGGUCAAAUAUGACUGAAAACCUAAUUCAGCCGAAUGACAAAAAACGUCAAAAGAAAAAAAGUGCGAGUGACGACAGAUUAGUUUGUGGUUCGGACGGCGUUACGUACAUCAAUAAAUGCGAUUUCAACAGAGCACGUUUUUGUAAAAAAGUUAAAUUUUUACAUGUCGGAAAAUGCGGUGGAAAUUGCGAAAAGGUUGAUGUUUGCCCAAUGGUGGUGAAAAAAGUAGAAAAAAUUAAAGCGUUUAAAAAGAAAAGGGCGGAUAAAAUUGAAAAACUCAAAAAGAAAAUGGAAAGAAAAGGCAAUAAGAACAAUAAAAGCGUUGAAAAACUGAAGAAAAAGUUGGAAAAGAAAGUCAAGUACCUAGCUAAAAGAUUGAAGAAGUUUUUAACGAAUGGCAAAAAAAGAAUUUGCGCAAGUAAUGGUCACACAUACCAAAGCAAAUGUGAUUUUAUGAUUGCAAGAUGCAAACAGCACGCAACAGAUGGCACUAUCUUAAAAUCAAAAAAAUGCUGAACUUUGAAUUAAUUUUUUAUUUAUAUUUGUUUGUAUUAAACACUUUUAUUAAUCAUUUGUAGGUUUUUAACUCCUCUAUACACUGUUGUGUUUUAUAAUUUUCGUAAUAAUUAACGCACACAUCAUUG